CCGGGGUCCGUUCCCCGCAUGGACAGGCCCAUUUUGACUCGGAUACCUGCCACCAGGUGGCUCCACCAGCAAUACCCAGCAGCGGCAGGUAGGAGCAGUCUUCGGGGCGCCUUCGAACUGCCAACAUCGCGCGUGUGCACCCUCUCUUUGCCGUUUCCGCAGAUACGUACGACCACGGGUGUCCGGUGUCGACGACUACAGGGGGACGCACGUUCCCGUGCACCGAUGGAAAGCUGCGAGAACACGUGAUUGCGCGCGGGCGCGAGAGAUCGAGCUCGUGCUGCAGUGUGAAUAAUCGAGCGAGAAAGACGCGAGGUAGCGGAUGGCCGCCGGCGUGUAUCCACGUUGCGUCACCCGUCAGGACCGGUCGGGAUAAGUCCGGGGUGUGCCAUCGAUCGCCUUCGCCAAUGAUACCGGCGGAACAAGGGGAGCGCGCGUUCCAGAGGCUAAUCCGGGACGGUUACAACGACAGUGGAGGAUGCAGCAGCAGCAGCAGCAAGAACAGCAGGAACAGGAGCAAGACCAGGAACAGCGGAGAUUCAUAAUGGUGCCUUCGUCCACUCCUUCCUCUUCGUCGUCGUCGUCGUCGUCGUCGUCGUCGUCGUCGUCGACCUCAUCGACCGCGAUCGCGACGGAUUUACGCGAUACCGACGUCGUCGCGGGACUCGUGACGGGCUCGGAACUGCCGAAUCUGGCGCUCCAGAGCGUCGCCUUGCGACUCCAGGGCGCCCUCCUCUCCGCCCUGCAACGCGCAGCUCUCUUGCCACCGGGUCACGCCGCCGCGGCGGCCCUGAACUUGCAAGCGCUCGAGACGUACCUGACGCUUCACCGUCUUCACGCGAGCGGUGCGACUUCCGCGCAAGCGGCGGCGGCGGCGGUGGCCGCAGCGGCUGCCUCCACCGCUGCGACCACUGCGGUCACUGCUGGUGGCCAAAGGUGUCCGUCGUCGUCGUCGAGCGUGAACAUUGUCGAAAACGCGACGCUGAGUCCGACCGCCGCCGUCAAGAAUGACCAUCUCGCCACUGCCGAUCAGCUGCUGCGAUCGGCCGCGUCGAUCGGCGAGGUUGAUGAGGCGCGGCUGGACUUCGUCACCGACGCCGAGGAGGACCUGGCGCUUCUCGAGGAGGAGGAGGAGGAAGUGCUCUUGCGCGACGCGUCCGACGCAGCCGUCGCUUCCACCGCGAACCACGAGUUGCUGCUGCGACGGAUAUCCGAGGGGAAUCGCGCCAGCACGUCGACAACGACAGUGUCGCAGUCGCCGUCGUCCACCCUGACCGCGACGCCCUCGUUCGCGUCCUCGGCUUCUUCGGGCUGCUCUUCGGCCUCCUCCUCUUCGUCCUCCUCCUCGUCGUCCGCGCAACACGCACCGACCGGUGCGGUGGACUCGAGUGUACCACGGACUUGCAGAACGUCCCGGCCCAAGAAACAGUUCAUUUGUAAGUUCUGCAGUCGGCAGUUCACCAAGAGCUACAAUCUGUUGAUCCACGAGAGGACGCACACCGACGAGCGGCCGUACUCGUGCGACAUUUGCGGCAAAGCUUUCCGACGGCAGGACCACCUCCGGGAUCACAGGUAUAUCCACAGCAAGGAAAAGCCGUUCAAAUGCGCCGAAUGCGGCAAAGGAUUUUGCCAGAGCAGGACCCUGGCCGUUCACAAGAUCCUACACAUGGAGGAGUCGCCGCACAAGUGCCCGGUCUGCGCCAGAAGCUUUAAUCAGAGGAGCAACCUCAAGACUCAUCUUCUAACUCACACGGACAUUAAGCCCUACCACUGCACCUCCUGCGGCAAAGUCUUCCGCAGGAACUGUGAUCUGAGACGACACUCGUUAACCCACAAUCUGGGAGUACCGUCGUCGUCGUCGCCGCCGCCACCACCGUCGGGCAUACCCGUCUCGGGCACGAGCACCGUCGUUCUCCAAGAGACGUCCUAGUGCGUCGCGCCCGAGGCGAGAAAAUCCCGGCGGGAUCGCCGUGCGGCGCGUGGGACUUUCUCCAUCCCGAGGACGCGGAUCGACGCUCAUUUAUCACGAACGAGAGACGCGGCGCUGAAUCGAUCCUUCGAGUCGCGAUCGAUUCCCCGAUGAUGGUCGAUUUGGACGCGCGCCGCCGCCGCCGCCGGAUUUCGAUUUCUAUGCGCGUACUCGGGCCCUCCGCGCGACUCUCAUUGUAUCUACCUGCCUACACUCUAUCUAUCAUCGUUAACGUUCGAGCGUAAUCAUUGUUAUGUACAUCACGAUAUAUAAGGCCGUAUACGGAUUCGUCUAGAUCUGUAAUUGUUCUGUGUAUGCGAUACGCGGUAUAGGUAUUCCGCAAUCACGUUUGUAAUCGGCCAAGGGGGGAGGGAUACCCCGCUCGCCCUUGUCCUUAAACUGUGUAUUUUUACGUGUCCGUUGUGUUCUGUCUUCCUUUACACACGUGUAAAAAAAUAUAUAUAAACAUUUAUUAUUAUUUUUUAA